AUGAAGAAGAAUAUGAAGUUGGCGGAGGAGCAAGUGAGAGCGUAUGCGGACACGUUCGACGGAACCACAACAAGGAAGGAUGAAACCAUGACGUUCCCGAUACUGAUCAGCACUCUUGUGGACGGAUUGCCUGGAGAUGGGGAGGGGCAGCUCGAGAUUGUUCGUGGCAAGGUGUACUUUAAACGGGACGAGCUUGAUUCUCUCAAGAAGUGGUACAACCUGAAUGCCAAGUACAACCCGACAGACAUCGGGGUGGUCUUGGAAGAAACGUGUGUGAAGUUCGAUGGCGUGGUGUACACGGUGGAAUCUGUCGAAGAGGGUUGGUAUAGCCUUCGCGACAGCAACAUCGAGAUGGAACAGUGGGAACUAUUGGAGAGUCGGUUCAGCGAGGAUGGGGGUGUGUCCAACUCUCCAGUGACACUAGAGGAGGACCUACGGAGGUACAUCCGAUCGCUUCUCUCGUGGCACGAACUCAUGUAUAGAUCGUUGGUACCUUUCCAAAAGGGAGUGCAGCCGGUGGGGACCGACGGCAUGCUGGAUGACUGGUCCAAGCGGGAGCUAAGCAGCGAGGAGCGGGAGCAGUUGGAGAGUGUCGCCAGCAUGCGAAGGUUGUCGAAAUUGGCCUUCGUUAAUACAUCGGUGGCGGACAUCUUCCACGCGCUACCAGUGAGGGCCACGCGUGAGGGAGACACCGGCCACGACGAGGCAAACUUCUUGCGGGCCUUCGCUAGCAGCAAAGGGUCUCUGUGCAGGCUUGACGGUCUGGGCGGGCUUCGUGAGCACGGCGACUUUAUGGUCGAAAACGACAGGAAGUUGAUGGUCAGAAUGUCAGGAGAUGACCUGCACGGCGCUUAUCCGUCACACAUCAACUACGCCAUGCAGCUUCUUCAGUACAGCUACCGUCUGACCCGCCCGAUCAGCUUCUACGAGGCGUACCUUCCUAUUUGCGCCGGCGAGCGCAAAGUUCUCAGCGACCAUUUCGACUGCUGGAGGGACAACGAAAAGAGCCAAGAGGAUUUCAGUGUCGAGCCCUUCAGAAUCAACGGCGACCCGAAAAAGAUGACGGUCGCGAUGCGCUUCUCGCUGGAAAGGUGCAACGAAGUUAUCCCUAACAUCCCGCCGGCCAUGGUUAAAGUGCUCUCCAAGGACGACGGGAGGUAUGGAACGCUGAUAGAUAAGAGCAACCACACGGGGACGUUUACCAAGGCUGCAAAGGCAUUGCCUCUUCUCAAGUGCGUCAUGCAGCGGGACCCGGAGUUAGGUCUAGAGGAGUCGGGGCCAACGGAGUUCGCGCUGGGCCAGGUGUACAACCAAGUGGGCAAAUUUCUUCAAGCCAAGAGGAACGAGGCGGGAGAGGAAGAGGGCCGGGAAAGCGGUCUGAAAGGGGUUGCGAAGAAGGCCAGGAAGGGAAAUGUGCCGUUUGCGAGGUUACCUUACGAGGAAAGCUUUGAACUAGUGAAAUUCCUCUUGAGAGGGAUGUACAUCAACGGGAUGAAGCGCGUGCUGGAUGCAAUCGAUGAGAUAGACGGCAAGUGUCUUGGCGACGAUGGUUGGUGCUACGACAUCUUGAGAGUCGCGGAAGUGGCUUCCACGAGUGUGAAGAAGAGGCCUGUGUUCACGGAGAAACAGCUGCGGGGCGUCGACGAGGUUCAGCGGAGAAGGAUCGCGGCGGUGGUGGAAGGGCUGAAGAGCAGGGGCAUCAGAAGAGAGCAUUUCGAGCUCGCCAGCGCGGCUACAGGGGUGCGCGACAUGGUUUCGCCACACCCACUCCGCAACCAAGGGUUUUUCUUCCGUCGAUGGGCAAAUUUUUCGGUCAACGGUCGGCGCGAAUCCAGGAACCCGGGUAGGAUGGUGGCUGGACUCCCGCCGAAGAACAAUCUCUCAAAGCAUGGUCACGGGAGUGGCAACGGUGUCGCCAGAGAGCAUGUCAUUGACGUCGACUGCGGGUACUGGUACGCAGUUACGAACGUAAUCGGGCGUGCGUUCUUUGAGAGCGUCGACGACCCCCAGGGCGAGCUAUCACCAUACAUCGGCCCGGUAGACGCCCGAGGGGGGGUGAUGGCGCAAAAACGUUUUAACGGGAUCGUGAAGAAGAUCGGGCGAGCCUAUCUGGCGGUGGAAAACCUGACUAUCAUGCAAUUUCGGACGGCGUGUUGUACCCUUGUCAUGUCCUUGAGCACGGCGCUGGGGAUACCGAUGAGCAGCCCCGUCAUCAAGGAUUUUGCUUCCGGCUUCCUGUCGUCUGAGAAGAUGAUGGAGACGAGAUAUUACGUUCACCGGGCUGUGACAAAGCAGACUGGACGCUUCCAGCUGCGCUACAAGGGCGUAGUUGAUUUCAGCGGGGGGGCGUAUAGCAUUCUCAAAGGGGCGGUGGAGCACGAGCGUGAAAUGGAGGGGGGGAGCAGCGCGGGAGGGCGCGACUUACAGCUGAGGGAGCGAGAGAAGGCCGUGAGGGAGCGCGAGCAAACCGUGAGGGAGCGCGAGCGGGACGUGAGAGAGCGCGAACAGGCCGUGAGGGAGCGCGAGCGGGACGUGAGAGAGCGCGAACAGGCCGUGAGGGAGCGCGAACACGCGCUGGAGUGUAUUGGCGAAGAGGUGUUUCGAGGUGAACGGGGAAGCGCGUCUGCGGCGAUGCGAACGGCCAGCCGUCAACAAGACCUGUUUCUGCGCCGACCACCAGCAGAAGGCUGGUGGAUCCGCGACACACGAGGCAGAUGGCCAGGGGGCAGGCGCGAAGAGGAAACGCGCGACAUGCGAGACAAGUGA